AUGCCUUCCAACGAGCCCGAGACGAUCACCGCCUACCCCAACCACUCUCCUGAUGCGCAGGAGCAGAACCUUCCUGGCCUGGACGCCAAGAUGUCGCCCCUGGCCAUCCACACUCGCGUGGAGAAGUGGGACGACGAUGGAAAGCCCUACCUGGAGGAGUACAUGGGUCAGGGCAAGCUGAAGGGCAAGACGGCCAUUGUGACCGGAGGUGACUCUGGUAUCGGCCGAUCUGUCGCACUGAUGUUCGCCAGGGAAGGUGCUAGCGUCUCGGUAGUGUAUCUACCAGCUGAGCAGCAAGAUGCAGAUGACAUUGUCAAGAUGGCAAAGGAGAAUCCUACUGGCUCCAAGGAGCUGCACCUGAUCAAGGCGGACCUUAUGGAGGAGGAGCAAUGCAAGAGUGUCAUCGAUCAGCACCUUGCCAAGUGGGGCAAGCUAGACAUUCUCGUCAACAAUGCCUCGAAGCAGAUCAUGUGCGAGGACUGGUCGCAGGUGGACCUGAAGAACUCUGAGUCGGUGGUACGCUCCAAUCUCCUGGGCAUGUUCGCCAUGUGCAAGUAUGCCCUGCCCCACCUCAGGCGCGGUAGUACCAUUAUCAACUCCUCUUCGGUGACGGCCCGCAAGGGAUCGCAGGGAAUGGUAGACUACUCGGCAACAAAGGGUGCCAUCGACACCAUGACCCGUUCCCUCGCACUGCAGCUCAAGACAAAGGGCAUCCGAGUCAAUGCCGUUGCUCCUGGCCCCGUGGUGACACCUCUACAGCCUGCCUCGCGUCCAGGAGAUUCCAUGGACGGAUGGGCAGUGGGAGACCCUAGUCUGCUCCACAACAGGCCUGGACAACCGGCAGAGCUGGGACCUACCUAUGUCUACCUGGCUGACCCUGGUAUGAGCAACUUGAUGACGGGGCAGGUCAUUGCGAUUAACAGUGGUAGCAUGUUCUGCUCGUAG